AUGUUCGGCCUAUUCACUGAGGAGUAUGACAGAGAAAACAGAGGACAGACGCAGUACUUUGUGGACUGGUGCCAGCGGAACUGCCUCCAAAUCCAUGCGGGGAAAACCAAAGAACUGGUGGUGGAUUUGCGCAUGCGCAGACACUCCCCCUCAAUACUGUUCCGCGGGGCGGACUUCCUGUGCUUCCAGCAGGCCCGAGCUGUGGACCUGAAGGGAACUUACAGAGCAUUCCUGUCCUCCAAGCUGCAAGACGUCCACACCAUCGUCCGCAGGUCGGACAGGGAGAGCCUCUCCCUCUUGAACCUGAAGGACCAAGUGUUGUUCAGUAGUUGAGAGUUGAUGUUUGGAAACAAGGCAAGCUUAAUGAGGAAGAAUGUGGCAAUCUACUCAUUCGACGGUAGAGAUAUCAUCAGGGACAGUGCAUGGCCAGAGAAAAUGGUCUGGCAUAGACCGAGCAACAAAGGCCACAGGCAAACAGACCACUACUGUGAAACAUGGCGAGCAGGCGACCACGCCGCCAUCGGUCUGGCUUCAUCAUUACAGAGUGGCCACCUCCUGCAGCAGACCUCCAGCAGCUGCUCCGACUCUUACAUCGUCCUCUGCAUCGAGAACGCCUUCGUCUCACCCUCCAAAAAAUAAAUCCUGUCCAUUUUUUUCUUCUUCUUUGUUCCGGUCCCCUAGUUAAACCCAGUUGUUACUGUCCGAGCAGACGAUGUGUUUAGUUCUGUGAUCACAUUCCCUUGUGAUCCCACGUGUCCUGUGAACUGGCCCUGCCUCUUUUUGCCUGGCAGAGACGCUUUGCAUCGUCUGCUCCUCCACCUCCAGGACCGCCAAAGAGACCACUUCCUUUGUACACACUAUUCUAUGCAUAUAUCACUGUGAUCUUCAGAUGCUUUUACCUCGUCCCCCACAUUUAAAUGAGCUUGUUCAACACUACUGUAAUGAAUAAACAAAAAAAAAAUGAUUCUUUCCCCACAUUUCUAAAAAUACCAGAGAAGCAGUGAGUGAGCUGGAGAUGAUUAGUUUGAAUCUUUGCUGGACUGAAAACCCAAGAGGAAAACCCAA